AUGGUGGUGCGGCGCCUGACGGCCCGAUUUGCAGCUGCCAUGGAGUGGUGGGAGGAGCUGGACGAGGCAGAAAAGCUCCUGGCAUGGAUGGCCACUGGAAUGUACUGGGGCACCUUCUAUGGGACCUAUGUCCGCCGCGGCAAGUUGGCAAUCCCAGAGUCGGACUAUCUUUUGACGUCCAUCUACGAGGUGCCCCAGGCGAAGAAGAAAGCUUUCGAGGCCAACUGGAGCGACCAAGCGCGACUGGCUCAGCGGCAGCCAGGUUAUGAGUGGACGCGAACCUAUAAGGCCAUCGACUGGGCUGAAGCGCCCUUCCAGUACAUCUCCUUCCGUAUGUGGGACCAAGCAGGAAGCUACUACAGGAUGGUCCAGUUUGACUCUACGUGGAAGGAGCUGACGAAGCGCGUGGCAGAGACCUGCGCCAGCCAGAAGGACACUGUCUACAGAAUACUGGUGGACGACUCUGUGAAGCGAAUUAUUGAAUGA